AUGAGCCAAGAAAAUAGCGGGAGAGUGACUCUUCAAGAGUUGAUCCAGAAGCCGCAGGAUAUAUUCAAGCUCAAGCUCAAGCUCAAGCUCCAAGAUGGUAGUUUGGAGGGAGAAUCUUGUGCAAACUUGUUCAAUGAACUUACAAAGACCAUAAUCAAUCCACUUGUCAACAAAUACUCUGUUUUGGAUGAGCUAUAUAUCGAUGGAUUAGAUUCGACCCAAGUGUUUGGUCAGACCAAGAUAGUGCUCGAUGGCAUCGGGAGGCGUUUAUUGACUGAGGAUAUCCCACAAAUUAAGGAGAAAUUGCAAGACGACGACAGAGAGGAAGGAGAUGAGGAAGGAGGAAAUGGCGAAGAAAGCGAAGAGGAGAGCGAGGCUGAAUUUGGAAAGAUUCAAAAACCAGAAUUGGAAGAAUUUGACGAUGAUGAGGUGAGCGAAGAUUCUCAAGAAUAUCCAAGUGACGAGGAAGAGGAAGAAGAAGAUGGAGAUGAAGUGGAAACUUUAGUAGGAAAAGAUGACCAUGAAAAAGGUGUUGGUAUUGGUACCGAUUCCGAAGGUGAUGAUGGUGAAGAUACAGAUGUCUCACAAGGAGAUGGCAAAGAGGUGCAGAAGGAUGCUUUUGGUCUCAAUGACGGUUUCUUUGAUAUUGACCAAUACAACAAGCAAGUUCUUGCCAUGGAGAAGGAAGAUAACUUUGAUGAUGAAGAUGAAGAUGAUGAAGAAGAGAUUGAUUGUUUUGCAAGUCUAAGUGAUGAAGGAGAUGGCGAUGAUGAGAAUGGCGAAGAAGAACAAAUGGAUUAUUAUGAUGACUUUUAUGACAAACCAGGAAAAUUUCAGAAUAAAUCAAACAAGGGUAGGAAAAGUAAACAGGAAGACGACGACGACGAUGAUGAAGAUGACGGAGAAGUGAGCGAAUAUGAUUUUGGCGAUGAAGAGUAUGAUAAAGCAAUUGACUCUGCUAGACUAGACCUAUUUGCAGAUGAAAGUAGUUCAAAGCCGCCAAAGAAUAACAAGACAGAAAACUUGUCUUCGUUUGAAAAACAACAGCGUGCUUUGCAACAGGAGAUUGCUAAGCUUGAAGCCGAGCUUGUUGCCGAUAAGAAAUGGACAUUGAAAGGUGAAGUGACAUCGAAUGAGAGACCGAAGGAGUCAUUGUUAGAGGAGAAUGAGUUGGCUUUUGAUCGUACUGCUAAGCCCGUACCAACAAUCACUGAGGAAGUUACUGAGUCUAUUGAGGAUUUGAUCAGAAAGAGAAUAAAGGAAGAUGACUUUAAUGAUUUGCCAAGACGAAUAGUGCAAGACUUGUCUAGAUUCCAUAAAGGCCCGCAAGCUGAAGUAUCGGAGCAAAAAUCAACACGAACCUUGGCUGAGCUUUACGAUGAUGAGUACAACCAAGUUGAUGCACAACAAGAACAAUUGAAUGAGGAAGAGAAACGACAGCACGAUGAAAUAAGUGAGUUGUUUAUGACGGUGACACACAAGCUUGAUGCGUUAUGCUCUGCUCAUUUUAUUCCUAAACCCCACGAAAAGAAGAAUAUUGAGAUUAAAGUGACCGAUGCUAGUGCACCUUCGAUAAGCAUGGAGGAUGCACAACCAUUGCACAUUUCAAACGAGGCCCAAUUAGCGCCGCAGGAAAUAUACAAGAUCGGAGAUGAUGCUGUCAAAGGAGACGGAGUUAAGGGUAAAUCCGAAGUGCAAUUGAAAUCGGGACUUUCGUAUUCAAAGGAUGAAAUUGACCGUGAUGAGAAACAGAGGCUUAGGAGAGCAAACAAAAGAAAGAAGGCUAAAAACUUUAGGGAGCGAGAGGAAUAUAAGAGACAACGGACAAUGCAAGAGCCGAAAUCUAAGGAGAGAAGAACCGGUGCUGGCGAAGUUAUUGAUACCUUGUCGAGGGCAAAGAAUGUUACAGUUAUUGGUAAGAAGGGAGAAUUGCGCGAUGCCAAGGGUAAUUUGAAGAAGAGCAAUGCUCCACAAACAUCGACCAACUUCAAGUUGUAA